CAAAAAUAAAUGCGAAGAAAUUAAGGCCCACCAUCCCCGAUAUUCAAACCCUAACAAAAUUGGUCUAUCGUUUUAACUUAAAUUUCCUUUUUCUAGGAAGAAACGCGGAAAUUUGAACCCAAAUUUUCUCUCUCAUUAUCCUCUCCGCUCAUUUCGCCGGAUUCGCGAACCCGAUCUCCGGCCGUGCCUAUCCCCGGACGGCCAACCCAUUCUAAAUUUAGCUUUUGUUUUCUCAAUUUUUGUCCUUUGGAUCUCCGGCUGGAAGAUCAUGUUCGCAGUGGCGUUUCUUCUGAUCGAAUUUCUCUAUUUAUUUACUCUUUUUUUGUUGGGUCUGAGAGUAUGUAAAUUGUAAACUAAACUACAUUCUUUAUUUUGUUUUUUUGUAAAAUAUUUUUUUUCUCCUUCUCUCUCCCUCCAGCCGAUUCUUCUCGUGCUUAGCCCUAGGGUUUGUCUUCGAAUCUUCCUGAUUCGGAGGGGAAUGCUCAUGGGUACAAGCUUUCUCCCUCUGGUCAGGGCUAGAGCGUAGUUAUUUUGAAAUGUGUAUAUUGGUGGACUUGGGAAUUGGGAAAAUUUGCUUUGGUUUUGGUGAUUUUUGUAUGUGAGUGUCAAUUUCUAUUGCUCUGUUUUUGGAGAUAUGAGCUGCUUUUCUUGCAUUCGUACUCGCUGUAAAGACGCCAGCAAGGUCGAAAUCGAUAAUGGGAGUGGGAGAGGAAAGUCGUAUUGGAAUGAAACUGGAAAGGGGAAGGAAUCACAAAGCAGAAGCGGAAACAACCGGAAAUGCGGGGCUGCGCGGAGCUUCCAGUUUCGUGAACUGGCAACGGCCACGAGAGGUUUCAAGGAAGUGAACUUGAUUGGUGAAGGGGGUUUUGGAAGGGUUUACAAAGGCCGAUUAGAAACGGGCCAGGUCGUUGCGAUUAAACAACUCAAUCAUGACGGUCUUCAAGGAUUUCAGGAAUUCAUCGUCGAAGUUCUCAUGCUAAGCUUAUUGCAUCAUUGUAAUCUUGUUACCUUGAUUGGUUAUUGUACUGAUGGAGAUCAAAGACUGUUGGUUUACGAGUAUAUGUCGAUGGGAAGCUUGGAAAACCAUCUUUUUGGCUUGUCCCCCGAAAGACCACCAUUGAGUUGGAACACCCGAAUCAAGAUUGCCCUUGGUGCAGCCCGGGGCCUCGAGUAUCUUCACUGCACAGCCAAUCCACCAGUCAUCUACCGUGACUUGAAAUCUGCAAAUAUUUUACUAGACGAUGACUUCAAUCCAAAGCUCUCGGAUUUUGGACUGGCUAAGUUAGCACCGGUCGGUGACAACACCCAUGUUUCCACCAGAGUGAUGGGAACAUAUGGUUAUUGUGCUCCGGAGUAUGCCAUGAGCGGCAAACUGACUCUUAAAUCUGAUAUCUAUUGCUUUGGUGUGGUUCUCUUGGAGAUAAUUACAGGUAGGAAAGCCAUAGACUGCACCAAGAAACCUGGAGAGCAAAAUCUGGUCGCUUGGUCUCGCCCUUUUCUGAAGGACCGGAGGAAGUUCGUUCAAUUAGUUGACCCGCUACUGGAAGGACGAUACCCUCUUCGAUGUCUUCACCAUGCAAUCGCAAUUGCUGCAAUGUGCCUCCAGGAGCAGCCAACGUUCCGGCCAAUUAUCAGUGAUAUCGUUGUAGCUCUUGAGUACUUAGUUUCUCAGAGUCACGCAUCAGAACAAUCAUGGGACGGGGCACCUAGUCCCUCCAAACGAUCUCCUCAACAGGGUAGGAGCAUCCAUGUUCAAGAAACAAGAUAUGGAAGGAGUUCAACAACCAUAUAAGGGUGGCUGCAGUGGAAAUCCUGGUAUAGCUCUGUAAGAUGCAUUGGUGUUAGCAAACCCCGGCCUACACCACUCCCCGUUGUAAUAUUGUAGAAUUAGUAUCUAAAUAUGCAAGUAUCCCACAUGCAUUUUUGAAUGGCUAUAUCUCCUCUUUGGUGGUCAUUGCACAUAUCUCAGGUAAUAUGGAUUUUUACUUGCAAUACAGACUAAAUCAAAGAAUUUAUUUACACAUUUGGGAA